AUGGAACAGCAGGUGCCAGGAAUCAAGGCCCUGUCCUAUGCCGAUGACAUAGGCCUGGUAGCCCAGGGAAGCUCGGUCUCUGAGAUCUGCAGACAGCUAGAAGCAGCGGCAAAAGCUGCUAUUAAACGCACCCAACAGGUAGGCCAGGCCUACCAACCCCCCCGGGGAUGGAAGCUUGACCCAAUAGUGGCAAGCACCCCCAAGCACCUAGCGCGGCGGUAUUACCAAUUCAAGACCAGCCACACCCCAAUCGAGGCCUAUCUGCACCGAAUCAAGGCCCGAGACUCCCCUAAUUGCUUGGGGUGCUCUAGAGGGACUGAGACGGUAAGACACCUUCUUACAAACUGUCGACAGUGGUACCACCAACGGGAAAAACUAUAUGCCGGCUUAGCCAAAGCGGGGGUAAAGGCCCCGCAGGAUAGCGAGCAGUGCCCUAAAGCACGCCUAUUCCAGGACCCAAAGGCCACUACAGCGCUGCUGGCGUUUAUAGGGGCCAUUAGGGAGCGAGAGGAUAACCAACAGACCUGGGAGCAGGCCUAUAAGACUGAUAAUUGGGGCAUUGAGGCCCUGGAUGAGGGAGAACGAGAGGGGGAAGGAUAG